AAGCGUGCCGUGGAGCUUGGUAACGUGGACGCGAUGGUAUUUCUUGGGGAAUUUUACGAGCAUGGAAGUGGCGUCAAGCUGGACAAGAAAAAGGCGGAGCGGCUGUAUCGCGCGGCCGCAGACCGGGGCGACGCGCUCGCGCAAAACAAUGUGGCGUUUUUACUUGUUUCUGAGAAGAAAUUUGAAGAGGCGUUCCGGUGCUUCGCGCUCGCGGCGGAUCAAGGCUUUACCCUUGGAGAGCUCAACCUUGGCAUUUGCUACAGGGACGGAGACGGCACGGAAGUCGACCUCGGCAAAGCCAGAUACUGGCUCGAGCGCGCCGCUGCCAAGGGCGACGAGAGUGCUAUAAAAGAGCUCGCGGUCCUCGACGCGCGACUUGGAAGUGGCGUCAAGCUGGACAAGAAGAAGGCGGAGCGGCUGUUUCGCAUGGCCGCGGAUCGGGGCGACGCGUACGGACAAACCAGUUUAGGGUGUUUACUUUACUCUGAGAAGAGAUUUGAAGAAGCGUUCCGGUACUACGCGCUCGGGGCGGAUCAAGGCUUCACCAAUGGAGAGUAUAACCUUGGCGUUUGUUACAUGCGCGGAGACGGCACGGAAGUCGACCUCGGCAAAGCCAGAUACUGGUUCGAGCGCGCCGCUGCCAAGGGCGAUGAGAGUGCGAGGAAGAACCUC